AGUCCUUCCAGCCCAGCUGGCCGAACAAACUGAGCCCCCCCUCCCCCCGGCAGUGACUGUGUGAUCCUGGGAAGUAGACUCCUCUCACUCUCACAACUUGUUUGAUUUGGGCGUAAGGACGAGCUGACAAGACCUGGAAACAUGGCUGUUACGGGCUGUACGAAAUGCAUUAAAUAUAUGCUAUUCUUCUUUAAUUUUAUUUUCUGGCUGGCCGGAGGUGUGAUCUUAGGAGUGGCUCUGUGGCUACGCCACGACAGUCAGACCAGCAACCUCCUCAUUCUUCAGUUUGAUGAUCAGCAGGCACCGGGCACCUUCUAUAUCAGUGUGUACAUACUGAUAGCUGUGGGAGCUGUUAUGAUGCUUGUGGGCUUCCUGGGAUGUUAUGGUGCCAUUCAGGAAUCUCAGUGCCUUCUGGGCACAUUCUUCUUCUUUUUGGUGAUCCUAUUUGCCUGUGAAGUGGCUGCAGCAAUCUGGGGUUUCAUGAACAGGGACACGAUCUCCAAAGAACUGAUCAAUUUCUACGACUCUGCGUACAUCAAGGCUAUGGAUGUGUCUGGGUCUGCCAGUAAAGACAGCGCCAUCAAGGUGUUGGAUGUCUUCCACAAAACGCUCGACUGCUGCGGUAAAGGAGACGACACGGCUCUCUUUUUACAACUUGCCACCACCUUAUGUCCUACAAAGUCUCCAGAGGAUUUUCAGUUGAGAUCUCAGAGCUGUCAUUAUAAACUGAUCGAGCUCUUCUCUGAGAAGCUCUACGUCAUCGGUCUGGCCGCCUUGGUCGUUGCUGUCAUCAUGAUCUUUGAGAUGAUCUUCACCAUGGUGCUCUGCUGCGGGAUCCGCAAUAGCCCCGGAGUAUACUAGCAGUGCAACGGGCAGCAAGAGCCGCACCAUCCUGUAUUGGAAUCAUUUUGUUGUGUGUUUCUGUGCAUCGGCUCCACUUCUUCAUGCUUAAGUCACAAGAUGGAUAUUUCUGCAUUUGUUUUAUUUUCUAGAGAAUUGAAAGCUGUUUUUAAGAUCUGUCUUCACUAACUAUUUAGACAGUAUCGUAGUUUCUAGCAGUGAGAUUUUCCUUAUUUAUCAUGGAAAAUGUCUUCAUUAUAAAUCUUUUAUACAUGCAAUUUGUUGUGAAAUAUUUAUCUGUCAGUCAUUAAUUCUGUUUUUACGGAUGUAUAAAUUGUACAUAUACUUCUCAUAUGUUCAUGACAGGAGUUAGUGUAUUCCCUGAUUGAUUGUUGCAUCUUGCUUCAGUGUGAUAGUAAUUUAAGUGGCAGGCUUUCAAUAGUUGAAGGAAAUAUUCUGUUUUGCUCAAAUAGCAAAAGAAGAAUCGACGAGUAUGUUUUCAGUCCGCUGUGUGUUUCUUCCUACUUGAACUUGCUAAACACCUUUCUUUAAAAAAAAAAAAAAGGAUAAAACAUCAAUAUCUUCACUCAUAACCGGUUUUAAUAACUGUAAUAAAUUAUGCUAACUCUCUUGUACCAUUGA